UUACCCUUCAUCCAAUCCACAUGAAAGUUUUUGCCUUUCUCGUUGUCGCCUUGGCCUUGGCCGCUCCAGCUUUUGGCAAAACUUACACACGCUGUACGUUGGCACAGGAAUUGCUUCGUUUGGAUGUACCCAAGGACCAAUUGGCACGUUGGACUUGCAUUGCUGAACACGAGAGCUCUUACCGCACUGACGCUGUCGGCAAAACCAACUCGAAUGGCUCCAAUGAUUAUGGCAUCUUCCAAAUCAACAACUACUACUGGUGUCAACCUGCGAAUGGACGCUUCUCCUACAAUCAGUGUAGCCUUAGCUGUGAUGAAUUACUCACUACUGACAUUUCAGCAUCGGUGACUUGUUCUCAAAAGAUUUUGCGUAUGCAAGGUUGGACUGCGUGGGCCACGUGGAAAUACUGUAACGGUACUUUGCCCAGCAUUGCUGACUGCUUAUAAGUGCAUUGGUGAAGUGUUGUUUGUUAUUAAAAAAUCAAUGCGAUUUUUUAGCCCUU